AUGGAGAAUACUACAUCACCCAGUGUUGACGAUCGUUCCGAGGGGAAAAUCAAUGGCAAAUCGAAUACCAACACAGUGGCUCUGAGUGAACAUCAAGCUUUGGGCUUAAACGAAUAUUCUUAUCAAGCUUUAAAACAUGAAAUCGAAGAUUUAAGGAGAAAGAAUGAAAAUCUAAAGAAAGACUUGGCAAUCUCCCGAACAAGUCUCCGAGAUCGAGAUCGAGAUACGAGGGAUAUAGAUGCAAGAGGCACCUCAGUAGCUUGGCAAGCUAUGAAAUUCUGGACAAAAGUUGAUCUUAUGAAAAGUGAACUAAGAAUGCAUGUCGCGAAGGAACGGUUGAGGUUAUCUAGAGAUCAAGAUACCGAAUUAGCAUCGAAGAUAUUGAAUGAGUAUUUUGAUGAUGAGAUACCAUACAAAUGGUACGCUUUAGCCACUGCAUCUGAGACUGGACCUGACUGUGACUCUACACAGCAAACCGAUCGACCCGAACCAUCUUCAAGGGAUCUCAAUGACUUAAACUUGACGAUGAGCUGGACAGCAAGUGUACUCCGUAUGAUGACAAAAUCUGGCGAUAUACCGAAGAUUGUGCCGCAAUUAGGUAUCAGACUUGGCAAUAACCAUACUUCGAAAGGUUAUUUCCUCCAGCUUUCUCCAGUCACUUGA